GAUGAUGAUAUUUCUUUCGCUGGCCCUCAUGAUGCAGCUUCACCUGGGAUUUCACCCUUUGCCACGUUAGGUUUCUUCACCUUUUCCAAGUGCUUUUCUCUCUAUCUGACCAUAGGCAUUUCUUCUUGUCUUUCCCCAGCUCAUAGACACAUCCUGUCCCUCGUCUUGGAAAUUGUUCCUUUGGCCCCCUCCAAUACACAUGUUCUUUGUAUUCUGUUGCCUGUCUCCCUUCCCUUGGAGAUCUGCAUGGCCCAGACCCAGUUACGCAUGUGCAUAUGGUCCGAGCUUAGGAUCUGUAGUCGACUUCGUUGUGCAAACGGCCGCUCUUACGAGUACACAUUGAAACCUCCUAUGAGCUGAACCAGAAUCACCAUGUCUACCUCCAACCCUCUCCCCGAUCGGUCGCAACAGGAGGAACAGAUUCCUCAAGUUGUCCUCGAGGAAGCCACCGCAGUGGCGGCAGCAAACCAAGAGGAGGCAGGCGACUUGGGAAACAUAAACACCGCUGCGUCCUCGCCAGAGAGCCAUGUUCGACAUCAUGGCGGCACAUCUCCCCACCUAGACGAAGUUCCUGCGCCAGCCUACAAUGCCGACCAGUACGAACACUUGGACAUCAGUCAGAAUGGGCUGGAUACGUCCGCCCAAGUCAGCAGUAAUGGCAGAAUCAACAUCAAUAUCAAUCAGCGGAGCAAAAAGCUCACGAACCUCCUUAUACCGGCCCUACGGCACCAAUUGGACAUCCAGAAGCAAAAGGCGACCGCUCAGCCGCAAAUACCAGAGGGCCUCGGGGAAACAGACGAUGGAUUACCUCCAUCUCCUAUGAACAUUGUGAUCCAGAUCGUGGGUAGCAGAGGAGAUGUCCAACCCUUUGUCGCAUUGGGCCAGGUGUUGAAGAACAAGUACAACCACCGAGUCAGGAUAGCCACGCAUCCCACAUUCAAGGAAUUUGUCACCGAAAAUGGCCUCGAAUUCUUCAGCAUUGGUGGAGAUCCAGCAGAACUCAUGGCGUUUAUGGUGAAAAACCCUGGGUUGAUGCCUGGAAUCGACUCUCUCAAAAGUGGCGAUGUAGGCAAACGAAGAAAGGGCAUCUACGAAAUCGUCACGGGGUGUUGGCGAUCGACUAUUGAAGCUGGAGAUGGAACGGGCGUGCAGGUGUCCGAUGACACCCAUUCAUUCGACAGCGCCAUCUCCUUCGGUGCAGAUCCGAACUUCAAACCUUUUGUAGCAGAUGCCAUUAUUGCAAAUCCUCCCAGUUUUGCUCAUGUCCACAUUGCUGAGAAGUUAGGUGUUCCCCUUCACCUCAUGUUUACAAUGCCAUGGUCUCCAACACAGUCCUUUCCGCAUCCACUUGCGAACAUUGUCUCCUCAAACACCGACGCCAAUAUGGCCAACUUUGUCACAUAUGCUUUGGUGGACAUGCUGACUUGGCAAGGAUUGGGAGAUGUUAUCAACCGAUUCCGAGAGAGAAGUCUCGGCCUGGAGCCUAUCAGUAUCAUGUGGGCGCCAGGUAUGACCAGCCGGCUUCGGAUUCCCUGGACGUACUGCUGGUCCCCCGCUCUUAUACCUAAGCCGGCCGACUGGGGAAGCUAUAUCGACAUCUCGGGCUUCUUUUUCCUGAAUCUUUCCACCAAUUAUAUGCCGGCGGAGGAAUUAGCAAACUUCCUGGCUGCCGGUCCACCUCCUGUCUAUAUUGGUUUUGGCUCAAUUGUCGUUGAUGACCCCAAUGCGAUGACUAGGAUGAUCUUCGAAGCAAUCAAGAAAACAGGUCAACGAGCCCUUGUGUCCAAGGGGUGGGGUGGCCUCGGCGCAGACCAAUUAGGCAUUCCAGAAGGUGUCUUCAUGCUGGGCAAUUGCCCGCAUGAUUGGCUGUUCCAGCACGUUUCAUGUGUGGUUCACCACGGUGGUGCUGGAACAACUGCAGCUGGAAUUCUUGCCGGUAGGCCGACUGUUGUGGUGCCUUUCUUCGGUGAUCAGCCGUUCUGGGGCUCGAUGACAUAUCGUGCCGGUGCAGGACCUAAGCCAGUUCCCUACAAGACCUUGACUGCGGACAAGCUUGCGGAGUCAAUAAUGGAAGCUUUAAAGCCUGCGUCUCUGGAGCAAGCGAAAGAGCUGAGCAUGAAAAUCAAAUCGGAAAAGGGCACAGAGGCUGGCGCAGAAUCUUUUCACAAGCAAUUACACCUGUCUGAUCUGCGAUGCUCGCUAGCUCCGACUCGGACCGCUGUCUGGCGAGUAAAGCGAACGGACAUUCGCCUUUCGCCACUUGCAGCAAUCGUUCUCGGAAGCGAAGGUCUACUUGACUUCUCGGACCUGAAAUUAUACCGACCUCGAGAGUAUGAAACAGAAGAUGGUCCAUGGGAGCCAAUCUCUGGCGGCGCUGCAGCUUUGAUGGGAACAAUUGGAAAUCUCUCUAUGGGUGUCGCCGAUUUCCCAGUGGAGAUAUUGAAGUCACUAAAGACAGCCAGUAGUGACCUAAAAGAUCUACAUGAGCGAAAAAACUCGCCCCCUGGAUCGUCCACUCCUACUACAACUUCUGAACGCGUAUCAAACGGAGAUGUAUCAAGCACAGUUGACGCCGCCUCUGAAGACCAGUCUGGCGUCGCCUCGAGUGCAACCACCCAAGUAGGGCAGGAAACCCCCUCUGGCUCAUCACGACCAUCAGCCAUGUCGACUGUAUACGCGCCAGAUGGCAGCACAAGAAGCUCAUCCCACCAUCGUCAUUGGUCUCGCAGUGGGCGCCAUUCACGGUCCAACUCUGGUUCGCCGAAGCCUGGACAUCGUACACAUUCACCCGCUUGUGAAGAAGUAGGGCAGAUAUCACUAGACACCGCUAUGACUGGAGCAAGAGCCGUGGGAAAGAUUGUGUCUGCUGGUGUCAAAUCGCCAAUGGACUUCACCUUGUCGCUGGCAAAGGGUUUCCACAACGCUCCGAAGCUAUACGGUGAUGAAACGGUUAGGAAGAGCGAGAAGAUUGUGGAUCUCAACUCUGGUCUGAAAGCGGCUGGCAAGGAAUUCGGCUACGGCUUCUACGAUGGUAUCACCGGCCUAGUGACCCAACCUCUGGCGGGCGCGAAAAAGGAGGGAGCCGCGGGCUUCUUCAAAGGAGCGGCGAAAGGCAUUGGAGGCCUGGUCCUCAAGCCAGGCGCCGGUAUAUGGGGUCUUCCAGGAUACACCGCAAAAGGCAUUUAUGCUGAAGUCGCCAAGCACUUUGGCAGUUCUGUACAAAACUAUAUCAUCGCUGCCCGAACAGCUCAAGGUUUUGAUGAAUGGAAGAACAGUACGCCGGAAGAGAGAGAAUCGAUUGUUCGAGCGUGGAAGGAUGGCAAGCUCGAAACCCGUAAAGGUGGGCGGUUGUACGGGGAGGAACGUAAAGUAGCCAUCGAGCAACAUAUCCUCACCAAGACGCACAGCGAUUCCGUUGAGUUGAUCCACGGAUUCAAGAACACCAAACAUCUCAGCUGGGAUGAACGGAAAGCUCUCGACGAGAAGCGGCAACAGCUCAAGAAGGAACAGAAAGAGCUUGAGCGUCGUGAGAAGGCAAUCAAGAAGGAGGAGAGAAAGCAAACAGGCAGAAUCAAAAGUCGGUGCAAGUUCUGCCCCUUCGAUCACGAGAGUAGCCAACACCUCAACCAUACUCGAUCAUUGUCGAGUAUCAGUUCCAGUCUUGAUCAUCCUGCGAAGAGUCAGGAAAACAUCGGAGAUGAUCCAGAAUAUGAGGAAGCCAUCCAGAGAGCAAUCACGGAAACCAGUAAAGGAAAUCGCUCAGAGGAUGCAGUCAUUGAGAGAGCGCUGCGUGCCAGUCUGCGCGAGCUGCACAAUGCGCCAUACCGAGGUAGUAUCCAAAGCGACGAAGCUUUCAAGACGGCAGUACGGGCAAGUCUGAAGGAGUUCAAGCGUGCACAGGCGGAACGGUCUUCUCAAGAGACUGGAGUUGUGCCCAUCGAGGAAGGAGAAGACGAAGACGAAGCAGAAGCCGACCAUCACGAUGCUGUACUCGAACGGGUCUUGACGAAAAGUCUGGAAGAGUACAGGGCGGCUCAAUCGGCCCAAGAGGGCUCACAGCACCCGUCUGCCGACCAUCUAGACUACAGUGAUUCGGGGAUUGACACGGACUAUGAUGAGGACUUCAAACGUGCUAUCGAAGAGAGCAAAAGACUCCACAGUGAAAACGAGCAAACGAAGAAAGAUCUUGCCGUGAGGGAGGCGAGGCUGCUCGAGAAUGAAGGUGGUGGAGAAGUGUCUUCGGGGUUGAAUGCUGAGUCUGCCGAAACCCACGGUGAUGAGGAUGAGCUGAAGAGAGCCAUCACUGCAUCUGAAGAAGAUGAAAAGGCGCGACGGGAUGAGCUGACCAAGCAGCAGACCGAGGAACAAAUUGUGUUGGAGUACGUCAAGAAGCAGAGUUUACUGGAGGAGGAGAUAAAGAAGAACAAGGACGCCCAAAAUGUCUCUACUACUUCCGAGUGAGGAUGUUUCGAAAGGAACGUGGCUUGUUGUUUACUUUUUGUCGGGCUCGGAACGCGAAAGGAAAGGAAUGCCAAAUGCCAAAUGACAAAUGACGACGAUACCCAACGAGCAUAUAGCAGUGCUAUCCCUAUUUUGCUUUUAGAUAUAUACACGAGGGUCAUGGGCAUACGACGCGAUCAUGAACUAAUAACGAAUGAAUUGAAUGAUGA